AUGCCCUACCAGUUUAUAAUAUUUGACUUGGAGACUUCAGACACUGGUUCAAAGGCAGAAAUAUUUCAACUAUCUGCGAUCACUCAAACUGGUUCCAUGUACCCCUCUUACAUUAUGCCUAAAAGUAACAUAAGUCAUGGGGCAUCUAGAGUGAAUAAUCUUACCGUUGAAAUUAAAAAUGGAACAAGAUCAUUGUGUAAAAACUCUGUUCCUGUUGCAGCAAUGUCCAUUGAAAACGCCUUGUCAAGCUUCAUCAAAUUUAUACAACACGCUUGUUCCAUCAAUUCCUGCGGUACUCAAUCUAUACCAGUUCUUAUUGGCCACAAUGCAGCUGUCUUUGACGUUCCAGUACUUUUACGAAAUUCGGGGAAAUUAUACGAUGAACAGCUUGAUCAGAUCAAUGUCAAUUUUGGUGACAGCUUACUACUUAUCAAGUCUUUAAUUCAAAGCCAGCAUGCUCCUCUGAAGUUGACAAAUCGAGAUUACUGUCGUGUAAAUAUAAGUAGUGUUUAUCAGUGCUUGUUUAAAGAUGAGUUCAACGCCCACGAUGCUUUAGAGGAUGUCAAAGCUCUUCGAAAGAUAUUCAGUCCUGAACUAGCAAUUGACAUCAGAACUAUAGUCAACAGCAGCCAAAUACAAACAGUUUGUGAUGCGAGAAUGGACUUGGAUCACAUAGACAAACGACUUGAGCUUUUCCAAACGUUUGUAGGAGGUUUAUAUUGUCCACAAGCAAGUAAAAGUCCAAUCACACACAGCAUGACUUUAAAAAUCGCUGGUUCUGGCUUGUCUUACAAAGACCUUUACCAAACAUGA